UUAGAGGAGGAAAACAAGAAAUAUUCUGAACCAAUGAACUGUAGACAUAGUACAGGAGAUGACCAGAGACUGCAGAUGUAGUACAGGAGAUGACCAGAGAUUGCGGACAUACUACAGACGACCAGAGACUGCAGACAUAGUACAGGAGAUGAUCAGAGACUGCAGACAUAGUACAGGAGAUGACCAGAGACUGUGGACACAGUACAGGAGAUGAUCAGAGACUGCGGACACAGUAUAGGGAUGACCAGAGACUGUGGACAUACUACAGGAGAUGACCAGAGACUGCGGACAUACUACAGGAGAUGACCAGAGACUGCAGCGGACAAAGUGCAGGAGAUGACCAGAGACUGUGGACACAGUACAGGAGAUGACCAGAGACUGGAGAC